AUGCCCGGUUCUGGUUCAUUUCAUGGCCCAAGCUCGAGGUCUAAACCCAAACUCUCACCUUCACUUCAUACCUACUUACCCAACAACUUUCUUCUCCUUAAACUCCAGAGUCUCUCACUUUGUAUACACGCUGAUCCCCGCCACCUCAAACUCUCUACCGCCAACACCCAAGCAACCUCCAAAAUGGCCUGCGGAUCCUCCAAGUGCCUCUACGACCGUAGCGGUCCUGGCAGCGCCGCCACCUCAAUUGCCGAGUCCAUCAUCAAGCCCUCCGAGGCUACAGGCACCAAGACCAAAUGCAUCGAAUGUGGUGACUACGAAUGCUGCUGUAUUCCCUGCACUAUCCUGUAA